AUGUUCCCGCGUCUUGUAGCCGCUGCUACAGUGCUCAUAGCACUCCUCGCUACUCCCGCAAGCUCUGAGCAGACGCCACUAUCUACAGGCAACGAUCACGACCCGUACUCCGAUGGUAACUCCAACCCGCGCUUGUUCGUCGCUCAUCCAAAGCAGGUGGUUGUGCCAACUUGUCCAGGCAUCAAGUUCUCGCCUUUGCCUUAUGACGAGGCAGGUGACCCUCACUGGAUCAACCUUCAGAACCCACUUGAUCCAAGCUUUACAGCAUACACUCAAAACGACCCGGAUCACAGCUCUGAUCGCUAUGGACGAGAGCACAUUUAUGAAGUUCAGCUCGCUACCAACCACCAAAACCGGCCUUUAUGGACCUGGGCCGGGAACAAUUUUGCGCUUGGGCGAAAAAUGUUCAUGGGGAAACAAGUUCGAACCCAAGUAACUUUCACGAACGAUGAUGCGUCGAAGAAGGUCACUAUCAUGCGCGAUGCGGCGGGGCUCGCAUCCUACAUGUCUGCGAACGAGACUAUGACCUCCUGGAACACCCAUUCACAGUGUAUCGAGGGGUGUGGACGAAGUGGUUCGCUUGGUACUCCGGGCUGCGCUAAAAAUGUUCCUCUGAUCCAAAAAUACGAGAAUUGCCAGCAAACCCGGCUACUAGGAUUUUGGAGCAAUCUCGCCAACGGAGUCGAACAAAUAAUCAAGUGGUGGAAUCAAGGAUACCAAAACGCACCGCAAGCAGUCUCACUCAACUUUGUAAGUCUCACAGAAUACACACCCCCGAGUGCUGUUAGCGGGAAUCAGCUCCAGUGUCUGAGUGCAUAUCACAUUCGAACAGUCACCAAUGUCGAUGUAUUCCCACAUGAAUCAUGGUUUCCAUCUUAA